AUGGCCUCCACUACUACCUACUACGAUCAGUCUUCAGACUAUAACUGGCUUGAUGCCAUUUUGAAGAACAAGUCAUUUUGCGACCCACGAACAUUCGAGGUUCACCAGUGCUUUGUCACCACGCAGGUGCCUCGCAAAUCCUCUUCUCGACCACGGACAUUCAACCGAGAAGUCCUGGUCCACACCCCUCCGGAAAAUCGGACGAGAUCCGUGUCAGAAUGGGUAGCCGAUAGUGCACCUAGCUGGAGAGAGGAAAAGCCGGAACAAGCUCCCUCCAUCAACUCCACCGACAAUGAGGAUGUCGCUUCUAUCACCUCGUCGACUGUCUGCUCCUCCCCCGACGAGGACAUCCCGACAUUCUCUCAACUGGAGGCAUUCCCACCUUACCCCUAA